AGCCCCCGAAAUGGGUCUCGCUGUGUUUCUGGGUCUGAUAUCAGUUUUGGGGCUCUGGUGCCUGGCCCCUUCUCUCGGUCAACGCCCACCACCUCGCCGGCCUCGCCCAGAUGGGGCGGCCAUUCGCUUCCCUGUGGAGCGCGACAUACUCUUCCCGGACUCCCCCCGCGAAGGGCCUCGCCAGCCGGAGGAGAAGAUGUGGUACCGCAUAACCGACUUCCAGUUCGGCCGGGUGGAAGACCUGCCCCGACCGAGGCCCUUGCGCAUCCCCCCCGCCUCCUCGGCCAGGUCAGCCUUUUCCCCCGCCCCCGGGGGCUUCAAGAAGAAGGGCAACAGGCGACGACGCAUCUGCGAGCAGAAAUACUCGGAGUACGUGGAGCGCAUCUUCCCCAACGAUACUGCGGUGGCCGCCGACGCCAACGACGCCGACUUCGACGGCCGGGUGCUGGCCAGGCCCGGUGAAUACCCCCACAUGGCCGCCGUGGGCUUCGAGGAUGACGCAGGGCGGGUCGAGUACAAGUGCGGCGGCAGCCUGAUAAGCGAGAGCUUCGUGCUCACCGCCGCCCACUGCACGUCCAUAUACGAGACUGCCCCCAAAUGGGUGCGCAUCGGGGACCUCAACCUGGUCGUCGAGGAGCGCUCGCUGGAGGCGCAACUGGUUCGGAUCGAGCGGAUAUUUACCCACCCCAACUAUAAGCAGGAGCUGUACUACGACGACAUAGCCCUGCUGAGGCUGGACAGGGAGGUGGAGUUGACGGAGUUCGUCAGGCCGAUCCGACUGUGGGUCUCCCCGGAGCUGCCCACCACCAUUGCCUUUGCGAUGGGUUACGGGGCUACCAAUUUUGCGAAGGCCGUGACGAACCGCCUCACGAAUCUCAACCUGACCAUAGUGCCCAACGCCGAGUGCAAUGCCGAGCUGCCGCCGAUCACAGAGACGCCCAACGGAGUUUUGGAGAGCCAAAUCUGCGCUCAGGACUACAUCCUCAACCGGGACACCUGCCAGGGCGACUCGGGCGGUCCGCUGCAGCUGAAUCUUCCGGGUCGCCGCCGCCAGCACAGAAUCCACUACCACCUGAUAGGCGUCACCUCGUACGGGGUCUUCUGCCGGAGCAGCUAUCCUUCAGUUUACACCAGGGUGUCCUCCUUUUUGGACUGGAUCGAAACGACUGUGUGGACCGAUCCGGUCUAAAACUGACAUGUGUUAGCCCAGACGUGGUGUCAAUAAAGAAGAAAAAAGAGAAUGGAUACCACAUGUAGGCUACUUCUUGAACUGCUGGGUAGAGAGUGAAAAUGCCACAGAUCGUAAGCGUUGUUACUUCAAGGAAUAAAGUCGUACAAGGA